AUGUCCGAAGUAGGCAGCCAAUCCGAGACUGGGUCUCAAAGUCUGGCCAGUCAUGGAGACUCUUCCCAAGACACUGUUCCCAUUACCAAUUCAGCUGGUGCUGGUGCUGGUGCUGGUGGACAAACAACUGCCACUGCUCCAGGACAACAAGUCCGUCCUCUGGGUGUCAACAAUCGCCUUCCCAGCAAACGUGCCCUCGGCAAGAGUGUUCGUGGUCAGUCCGUACGGCACCUUGCCUCGAGUGGUGGCACUGCUACUAAUGCUUCCAAUAAUAGCAACCAACCACCACCCCAACAAGCCGACGCUGCUGCGGGAACCCUGACUCAACCAGAAAACCCCAAAGACAAGGAAAUUGCCGUCGUUUUGCACAAAUUGCGUCGGACCAAAAAGGAAGACGGGGAUCGUCAAUCCGAUCUGUUGAGCCGACUAAGAAUUCUGUUGCAAGAACGCGUCGACGACAUGGACGACAAGCGUCCCUUGUCGAAUGACGCGGCCGGUCUGGGUGCGGCCAUUGUGGAAAUUAUGCGCCAUUUGCCACCCGGCGAAGAAGUUGCCAUCAUGGAAGAGUGUACCUGCAUCUUGUUUUUUGUCUCCGAAGUGGACCCUGCCUACAAAAAGGGAAUUGCUCGUCUCUUCAAGGCCAUGGGAGAACACGUGGACAAUGUGGCCAUUCAAAAAGCCAGUUGUGCCGGCAUUUAUAACAUUAUCGUGGCCAAUCCAGAUAGCAUUCCACGGAUUGCACCCAGUUUGCCCGGACUCUUGAAGACCAUGGAUGCCCAUCCAAGCAAUUCCAGCGUCUUGUGUUCGGUCCUCCAAGUCUUGGGCGAGAUUGCCCGCUGCUCCGAAACCAAACCCUUUUUUGUCAGCUCCGGCGCCCUGCAACAUGUCUUUCAAGCCAUGAAGAAACACAUGUCCAAUUCCAAACUCCAAUCGACUGCUUACUUGACAUUGGUGGCGCUCAGCAAGGAUUCAUCCAGCAAGACCAAACGACACAUGGCUCCUUCCAUUGCCUUGGUCAUGCAAGGCCUUCAAACGCAUCCUCAAGAGAAGGAUGUUCAAUUGCACGGAAUUCAGACCUUGGGCAAUCUAUUGCCCCCUGCCAAUCUUACAGAGCCCGUGGUCAAUACAUUUUGUCAAUCCCUUUCGGCCUGGAAGGAAUCCGAAGAAAUCAACGAGGCGGCCUGUUUGGCACUCUGUCACAUUGUGCUGCACUGUCCCUUUGAUAUCCUAGUGGGCAUGUCGGUUUCGGAAGAAGGAUUUAUCAGCUAUGUCGUGGACGCCAUGGGCCGCUUUGAAGACCAUUUGGGGGUCCAAUAUCAAGGACUAAGAGUGCUGGUGCACUUGUCAUCAAGAGUGGCCGACAACAUGGGCAAGCACGUCGAAGACUUUCGACAAGUCCACGAGCGAUUGCUCAGCGAACGAGGAUUGGAUUCCAUCCUCAAGGCCAUGCACAAGUUCGGAAAAUCACAUUCCUUGGUGGCCCAAAUUGGAUGUGAGUUGCUAGUCAAUGUCACCCGCAACUCGCAAGACUUUCAGCGGGCGAUUUGGGCCAAGGGGGGGAUUGAAUUGCUGCUCGUGUGCAUGCGAACCCACGUCAAGAAUUUGCGCGUCCAAGAUUUAGGAUGCUGUGCGGUCCGAAAUAUUUGCCUCAACAAGGACAAUCGCAAACCGGUGGAAGAACAAGGUGGAAUCUCAACCUUGCUGGUGACCCUAGACUUUUUUGUCACCAACUCGACCAUUCAAGCCUAUGGAUUGGAUGCUUUGGGUCGUUUGGCCAUGGACGAGGGCUGCCGGCAAGCCAUUAUGGAACAACGGGGGAUUGAGGCGGCCUUGUCCGGCAUUAAACAUCACCGAACUCACGCGGGUGUGCAAGAUCGGGCAUGCUUUAUGCUUCUCAACAUGACGCAGAGCCCCAAUGUUACCCAAAGGAUGCUGGAGAUGGAACUAUUGCCGAUUGUUCAAGAAUGCAAGGUUCCUCCCAAGAAGGCUGCCAUGGAUCGAUGGAAUGUCUUGAUUCAACGACUGGAAAGUGCAAAACCAGCUGGAAUCGGGGCUUGGUUUGGUCGUGGAAAACAAAAUGCCAAGUAA